AUGUCCAAACAGCCAGAAAUUGAUCAAGAGCUAGUGGCUGAAGAUACCGCUGGCUACAAAGUCACAGAUAAGAAAACCAUUGCCGAAUACGCAAACCUGGACGCAGAAGAUGACUCUCUUAAAAAAUGGAAGGAAUCUCUUGGUCUCAGCACAGGUGCAUUAAUUGGAGACCCCAAUGACAAACGUCGAGUAGUGGUAUUGGAGUUGCGCGUUGAUGUGGAAGGUGCUGAUCCCAUUAUUAUCAAUCUAGAAACCCCUGGCGCUCUUCAAAGCCUUCGCAAAUCUCCCAUUGUCAUUCGUGAACGCUCCCGGUACCAACGCCGUCUUAGAUUCCGGGUGCAACAUGAGAUCAUUACAGGUCUCAAAUACCUGCAGUCGCUUAAGCGCUCAGGCAUUCGUGUCGAUAAAUCACAAGAGGUCUGCGGGUCAUAUCCUCCCAAUACUGUCGACAAGCCCUACUAUGAAAAGACCUUUGCCGAGGAAGAGGCUCCUCAUGGAAUGUUGGCACGAGGAACCUAUGACGUUACAUCCAAGUUUGUCGAUGACGAUGGCGUCACACAUUUGGAAUUUGCAUGGCAGAUCGAGAUUAAGAAAUAA